AGCUGGGUGGACUGAAGGGUUAGGGCUCUCUCUUUCUGUCCACGAGGUGGUUGAGAUCGGCAGGCCUGCGCAGCUUGUGCUUGAAUGAUGCCAGGGAAACUCCUUAGUGACACGGAUUUGGAAUCAGACGCAGCCAUGGGAAAAAUGGAGACACCGCGGAAACAAAAUCAGAAGAAAGGUAGAAAAGAGAAGCCAAAAUCUAAUAAGACUGAAAAGGCAACAGAAGAAAUGGAAGAAGCUAUUUCCCCCAAAGUUAAAAAAGUUAAAAAGAAAGUAGGGCCCUCUGAGGUUGACAUGAAUUCUCCUAAAUCCAAAAAGGAAAAAAUUAAAGAGGAGCCGUCUGAAGAUGAUGUGAUUUCUCCUAAAAUCAAAAGUGUAAAAAAACCCAAAGAACCCAUGGAAAAGAAAGAUAUUUCUUCUAAAACCAAAAAAGUUAAAAAAAGUGAGGAGCCUUCUGAAGAAGAAUUAGGUGCUCCUAAACCCAAAAAGAUGAAGAAAGAAAAAGAAAUGAAUGGAGAAAUUGGGGAGAAAAUCUCCAAAGUAAAGAAUGGAUUCUCUUUUUCUGGACCUGACUCUAACACCAGUGAAGCUGCCAGUGAAGAAAGUAACAGUGAGUUGGAGCAGGAAAUACCUGUGGAACAAAAAGAAGGUGCUUUCUCUAAUUUCCCCAUAUCUGAAGAGACCAUUAAACUUCUCAAAGCCCGUGGGGUGACCUUCCUGUUUCCUAUACAAGCAAAGACAUUUUACCACGUGUAUAGUGGAAAAGAUUUAAUUGCACAAGCACGGACAGGAACUGGGAAGACAUUCUCCUUUGCCAUCCCUUUGAUUGAGAAGCUUCUGGGAGAAUUGCAAGACCGGAAGAGAGGCCGUGCACCUCAGGUACUGGUUCUCGCACCCACAAGGGAAUUGGCAAAUCAAGUAAGCAAAGACUUCACUGACAUCACAAAAAAGUUGGCAGUGGCUUGUUUUUAUGGCGGAACUCCCUACGGAGGUCAAAUUGAACGUAUGCGGAAUGGGAUUGACAUCCUGGUUGGCACACCAGGUCGUAUCAAAGACCACUUGCAGAAUGGCAAGCUAGAUCUCACCAAACUCAAGCAUGUUGUCUUGGAUGAAGUUGACCAGAUGUUGGAUAUGGGGUUUGCUGAUCAAGUGGAAGAGAUUUUAAGUGUGGCAUAUAAGAAAGAUUCAGAAGACAAUCCCCAAACACUGCUCUUUUCUGCAACUUGCCCUCAUUGGGUAUUUAAUGUUGCUAAGAAAUAUAUGAAAUCUACAUAUGAACAGGUGGACCUGAUUGGUAAAAAGACUCAGAAAGCCGCAAUAACUGUGGAGCAUCUGGCUGUCAAGUGCCACUGGACUCAGAGAGCAGCAGUUAUUGGGGACGUGAUCCGAGUGUACAGUGGUUUUCACGGGCGCACCAUUGUCUUCUGUGAGACCAAGAAAGAAGCCCAGGAGUUGUCUCAGAAUGUCUCCAUAAGGCAGGAUGCCCAGUCAUUACAUGGGGACAUUCCACAGAAGCAAAGGGAAAUCACCCUGAAAGGUUUUAGAAAUGGUGAUUUUGGAGUUUUGGUUGCAACCAAUGUUGCUGCGCGAGGGUUAGACAUCCCUGAGGUUGACCUGGUUAUACAAAGUUCUCCACCAAAGGAUGUGGAGUCCUACAUUCAUCGUUCUGGGCGAACGGGCAGAGCUGGAAGGACUGGGGUUUGCAUCUGCUUCUAUCAGCACAAGGAAGAGUAUCAGUUAGCACAAGUGGAGCAAAAAGCGGGAAUUAAAUUUAAACGAAUUGGCGUUCCUUCUGCAACAGAGAUAAUAAAAGCUUCCAGUAAAGAUGCCAUCAGGCUUUUGGAUUCUGUGCCUCCCACUGCCAUUAGUCACUUCAAGCAGUCAGCUGAGAAACUGAUAGAGGAGAAGGGAGCAGUGGAAGCCCUGGCGGCGGCGCUGGCUCAUAUCUCAGGUGCCACGUCAGUAGACCAGCGCUCCUUGAUCAACUCAGAAGCGGGCUUUGUGACCAUGAUCUUGAAGUGCUCAAUUGAAAUGCCAAACAUUAGUUAUGCUUGGAAAGAACUGAAAGAGCAACUGGGUGAGGAGAUUGAUUCCAAAGUGAAGGGGAUGGUCUUUCUCAAAGGAAAGCAGGGCGUUUGCUUUGAUGUCCGUACUGCUGCAGUGACAGAAAUACAGGAAAAAUGGCAUGAUUCACGACGCUGGCAGCUCUCUGUAGCCACGGAGCAACCGGAGCUGGAAGGACCACGGGAAGGGUACCAAAACUUCAGGGGGCAGCGGGAAGGCAAUCGAGGUCACAGGGGGCAGCGGGAAGGCAACCGAAACUUCAGGGGACAGCGGGAAGGCAGUAGAAACUUCCGAGGACAGCGAUCAGGAGGUGGCAGACAGCGAUCAGGAGGCGGUGGCAGGAAUAACAGAUUCCAAAACAAAGGCCAGAAACGGAGCUUCAAUAAAGCAUUUGGUCAGUAAUUGAAGUAGGAAAUUUAUAUGGCAAAAUAGAACUGUGUUUGGCUCCAUGGACCCAAACCUUUUUUGCACACAAAGUUAAAAGCACACUGUGUUUCCUUUCUGACCAAGCAUCCAGGUCCAUCUCUUCCAGAAACAAGCUUCCAAGUUAUUUCAUCUGAUGGUUGUCAUAACCUUAUUGCUACCUUUGUAUCAGGUUUUCCUUUUCAAAAGGUAUAUGAAUUCAUUAAGCUUUUAUUCUAGUGCAUCUUACAGAUUAUAAAGUAAAGUUAAGCUUGUAUCUGCCUAUACUUUUAAGUUGACCUAUCUUGAUACUUAAAAGUAUCUCUUAAUAGUGUUCUCCCCUGCAUACCUAUGGGAAAUGCCACAAUCUCUGGAGAAGCGCUCUGUUCUGUAAUUGGCGUUCCUCAGCCACCUGCCUAACAAUUCCUCACAUGGGCCUAUAACAUGUCUUCUGAGAAUUAAUACUGAGCAAUGUUUUGAAGCAAGAUCUUAAACUUAGCUUGGAUGUAAUAAAGCUUAUGCCAGCAUGUGCUGUAGGUUUGGAGGAUGGUGAUGCAUUUGAUAGGACACAUUAUGUGGAUUAGCCAUUGUUAUGUGUGUGCAUUUUGAUACAUUUUUAGCUUCUGAAUAUACGGUGAUUUGUGCUUCAGUGAAUUGACAGGUUUUAUACAUCUGCAUAUCUCUUUAUAUAUAUAACAAAAUAUUUUAAUAGAAAGCAAGUAUAUUUAAGGGAUUCCAAAUGUAUAGGAUGCCCCCAUAACUUUCUUUGUACUAAGGAGGCUGGGUAAAUGGGGCUUGAUGAUAACAUAUUCCACUUCCAAUUGGGAGAAACUUUAUCUGCCAGGAAGGAAUUAAGGGAGUUAGAGGGCAGAGAUUUGCAUUGCUGAAGAGUGUCCCCCCCCCAAAAAAAAAAAAAAACCCUGAAAAUACUUUCCAUAUGUGAGAAAAAACUGAAAAUACUCUCCAUAUGUGAGAAGGAAGUAUCUGUUGGGAGCAAAGGGAAGAACAGGUGAAAGGUGCAUGAUAAAGGACUCUUAAUGGUGAAAACUUACUGGUCAUUAAUGUUUCCGGAGGUUAACAUGUAACAGGCAAGCUAAAAUUUAGGUAAAAUGAUCUCAUUUGAUUUCUCAAAGGCUUAGUUCCUGUAGCCACAGUAUAGGAAUUUCUAUUAGACUGCUAUUCUAUUGGGAGGUUUUGGCUACUUAGGGAACUUUUAUUUAAAAAUAAAAAAUUAAAAAAAAAAAGCUAUGUGGUUAUUUUAAGCUGUUGUUUUGAGGGAACUGAAGAGCUUGAUACAGCCUCUGGCCAGAUAAGUCACUUGAGUUCUCAGAUACUUCUCUGGAAACUUUCUGCAUGGUCUAGGAGCUUAAGAGUGCCAUUGUCUUCUCACCUUAAUUUUAGAAAUUCUGUACUGGGAAUCUCAGGGAAUAAACUAUGUUGGGGGAAGUUAAACUACAUGGCCGGUCUUGUUUUUAUUUAAUUAACCAAAAUCUCCCUGGAACCUGGUUUCUCUCACUUGGUCGAGUCUUUAUCUCUAACUGCCUUUUUCUUAAUCAUCUGGCAGUAAGGUGCUCAGAUAACCAACUCCACUGUCUUUCCUGUCUUUGAAUCCUGACUGGUGUUUCUCUGUUCUCAGAAAUUCUCUUGGUUUUCAUUCCUUGAUCCACUUGUCAAUGUUACCACUUUUCUUCCUGUUCCCCAGGCCUUCCUAUCAAGCUACAGGCAUUUAGGGGAAGGUGUUGGAUGCCAGAGAACUAACUCAUUGGAUUACAACUUGUGGAUUACAAUUUGUUAGAUUCCGGUUUUGCUCAAGUACUGAGCAUACUUUCAUAACCACCGAAACAUUUCAGUUUGGAUACAAAUGGGUACCUUAUCAAGCACGUACAAGGACACAAUACCUAUCCUUCAUUAAAACCUUUAUGUAGAUCAGCCUAAAGAAACAAUCAGGCCUAAAUCAAAAGUAAGGGGAAGAUUAUUGGAAUUAAGUUGCCUUCAUGCAACUUAAUUUUAAGGAAAGCAUAUUUAUGGCUAUUUCAAUAAAUGAACCUAAAGUUUCUCAGAUCCCAGAAUUCAAAGCAUAUUUAUAAAUGUAUAAUUCACCUACUGCUUGGUUGAAAUGGGCUAGUUGGGCUAGCCUGGGGAAUGCUAUCAUUUUUACUAUAUUCUGUAGAGAAAAUAUUUUCAAAUUGAUGAUCUUUUAAAAUACCCAUUUUUACAUUGAAUUUAUCUAUACAGUUGUUUCUUUAAAAUUGUACAUAAAAUGUUGUUACUAUAAAAUUGACUUAAUGUAUAAAAUACUGCUUUCUGCCAUAAUAAAAGUAUUAGUACUUGU